AUUUUACAAUAAUUUGUAAUAUACAUAUACAGUUAUUAUGUAUUGUACUAGUACAAUUAAUUGCAUUAGUCACACAAAUAUAAUUUGCAUUAAUUGUACUAAUAUUACAAUAUUUCACCGCUAGAUGGCUCAGUAUUUUUUGGUCCACAAAAUGUCAUUUUUUUUAUUUUCGUUAUUAAUGCUUUCAUCGAACUACAAUAAUAUUAUUCCAAUCCCGUUGUUAUUAAAAAGCAUUUUGUUCGUGCCAGAAAGACGUAAAAAUUGUUAAUUUUUAAGAAAAUUGUAAGUUUUUGUUCAAAUAAUACCAUCAUCUGCUGGUAGAUGGCGCUAAUGUCGCGUUUCAAAAUGCGCGGGAAAAUUCAAAUUUUAAAAGUGCCUAUAGUACUUUCAAGUAGUUUAAAAAUAUUUUAAAAAAUUCUAGCUAUAAAAAUUGACACGUUCGAUGAUUUCUAUGUUACAGAUUUUAUGAUAAAAGCAAAAAUCUUAUCAGUAAUCAUUUUAUAUCUCCUGUGUGAUGAAAUAAUCACAGGACUGUCUCUAAAUCUUCUCGGGCCCUAGGUAUACCAAUGAAAAUUAGGUAUCUUCUUGUAGAAAUAAGAAGAUAUUUGUUAAAAAGGAAAACCGUAACGUUCAGAGUUAUAUUAUUUUUUGUAUUAUCGUAGUUUCAGAUAAGAAACUGAAUAAGAAGAGAAAUAAGAAAUUUCUAUUUUCUAACUGUGAUGUCGGCUUAUGCAUAUCCAAGUUUAAAGGCAAACAAGAUCUUGUUAUAGUUUGAAAAGAACCCAAUGUAAAUCUUCUUGUUUUGUCACAUAAAUAAUGUAGGCAAAUAAAAGUAGGACAUUUCUUCUUUCCUUUCAGGUAAAGGAAGCUUAACUUACAGGUAACCGUUCACCUUGUUCCAUAUGAAAGUGUUUCUCAAUUUAUCGUCUGAAGUAAUAGCGUGUUCUUUUCUUCUUGUGUGUCAUAAUAUCGUAUAUAAUAUCUUAUAUUGAAUGACAAAAUCUAUCAAUGAUUCUGACUCAAUAAGUAUUCUUACCAUGUGUUCUAAACAACAUGUAUGUUUUUUUAAUAAGAUGUGACAUUGUAAAUGUUCAAAAUAAAUGAAUUGAGAGAUACUGUUCGUGUCACCAGCGGUGGGUCAUCGUUUGGAUGAGAUCGUGUCGAUUUUGUGUAAUCAGAAAACAGCUGAUCAAAGUUAUUCCGAGUGUAAAUAAUAAUGGCUUUAAAAAUUUAAGGAGUCGUAAAGGAUUCUGAAAAUUGAAUGAUGGGUAUUUGCUGUAGCAUGUACUAUUCUUUUUUGUACACCCUCUGAUACGACUUCAAAGAAUUCCACGCAGAUACAAAUCGAUGUUUGCAUCGCGAAGAGUGCCGUGAGGAGGGGCUACGUUAAACGACUACACUAAUUAUUCACACAAAUAAUAAGACUUUUGUGAAUGUAAAAUGUUAACAUUGGAAGAGCCAGAAUACAAAACUUUUUCAAAAGACACGGUGGAAGAUGAGGAAAUCAACGAAGAGAAACACGAAGUACAAAAUUAUGAGAAAGAUAAAUAUCCUAUUGUAAAUGGUGAAAUAUUAAGAAUGGCAUUACUUUCUGCAGAGGAUGACAGUACCGAGUCAGAAGAGGAUGAUGUAUCCUCUGAACUCCUGUCAAUCGAUUCAGACAUAACUAAUGAAUCAACUGUUAGCGACUGGGACGACAUAAAAACUAAUUCAUCUCCAUCGUACAUUACUUCUGUACCUAAUAAUAAAGAAUUUAUAAUCCUAACGCAACUGGAAACAGAUAAUGCUUUAAUAACAAAAAAGUUAUCCAAUGAACAUUCCUUGGCCAGUAAGAAUUCAAAAUCAAAAAAUCGUUCCAAGCGACAUAAUAAAGUACUAUCAAGGAAACUUGUACCUAAACACGAACCAAUAAUCGAAAUUAAAGAAGAAAACUCUAUCAUUUCUACAGAUAUCGAUGAACGUGUGCCAACUAUGGAAGAGUUAGAUUACGAAGAAUCCUCUAUGGAUCAACAAAAUAUCGAAUCCAAAGAUAACAUUGAUUGGCUGCAAGGUUUUAGGCCUUUACCAUUAUAUUAUACAGAAAGUGGUAAACCUUACUUAAAAUGUCCAGCAUGCGGUGCAAUGUUUUUUACUCCAAAUUCAUUCCAAAAGCAUUUAUAUUCGCAUGUGUACAAAGAGGAGGAUGGUUUUGCUUGCUCCUAUUGUAAUUACACAAAUAGCGAACCCGGAAUGUUAUUCGCGCACUUGUCCAAACAUCAAGAUCAAUGCGAAUUUUGUAAUGAAAAUUUAAUGCGCAAAAAUAAUUUUGAAAAUCAUUGGGACAUAAAGAAGUCAAAUUUUUCUGUGAAAAGAGAUCGUAGAGGGAAGUACGUAUGUACUCUCUGUAAAUUAGUAUUUGAUCUGUUACCGCAACUGGAGAAACAUUGGUUGAAACACGCUUGUCAAAGGGAAAGAACUUAUCAAUGUAAAGAAUGUAGUGGACUAUAUGACAGCAGGGAAACGUUAAAUAAUCAUAAAUGUAUGAAAUGUGCCGUUUGCGGUAAAAUUUACGAUAGUUUGCAUCGAUUAAAAGCGCACACAGUAUGGACAAAGCACAACUUGAAAUGUCCAAUUUGUUCAUACGAAUUUAUCCUUGCUGUAGAUCAUGAAAAACAUUUAGCAUUACAUAGACAAACGUACCAUUCUAUGAAAGAUUACGAACACUGUUUACAAUCGGAAAAUGGGAAGACGUUUCAGUGCAAUCUUUGCGACAAAUUAUUUUUUGCCUUACCUUCUCUGGUUCUACAUAUUCGAGAAGAUCAUAACAUAAAAAAUGUGAGAAACACAGAAUCGGAAGAAAAUGAAUAUGACGAGGAUCAAAAGAAGGAAACUCUUGGCGAAGUAUUAUUGCGCGUUUUAAAAAAUGAAACUGCAAAUUACAUUAGCAAAAACAGUAAUAUGACGUUAGCUAAUGACAAACUCAAGUUGUAGAACGCGCUAUAUAUGUUUCAGGUAAUAUACCAGAAAUGAAUUUUGGAUAAAGUAGAGAAUAAAAUGUGAAAGAUCUGGAGGUAAUCAUUAAAAGUUACUCGUAACAAUGAAACGUGCCGUUGCUAUGAAUCAGUCACUUCGUAGUAUAUAUUAGAUAUUAUUAAAUACGACUGACAACAAACAACUUAUCGAUAAACUUAUUAAUAAGAACAUGUAUUCGAGAUAUUAUCUGAUGAAAAAGUUCUGAGAUAACCUUUAUAUUACAGAUUGAGCCUCUUUAAAAAAAUAAACGUAUAUAAAUAUAUAUUUUUCUAGCGAAUAUGUAAGAUUCAGAAUCACACAUCUAUCAGAUACCGAUAUUGUCCUAAACUCGAUAAUAUUAUCUUAAAAAUAUAAUUAAGUAUCUCGAACAAUUACUUUUCUUAUGGAACUUUUUCGAUCAGAUAACAGUAAUUUUUUAGCGGUUUUCGAAGUAAUAUAAGCACGUCGUACAUUUUCUGUGUCUUGUAUUAAAGCGAAGUGCAUCGUAAGUUAACGUCACAUUUACAUUUGGCAUUAAUUCGUUAUCCUUAUCCGUAUUACACGCGAGUCAAUUGAAUUAUACUUUAUAUAGUCUCGUUUAAAUACACUGAUAUAGUUUUAUAUAGUUACCAUUUAUAUACGCGUACAGCCUCAAACAUUUUUUUGUAUUAUUCGAAUAACCGCGCAACACGAUAGAAUUUUAAUGACUGAGAAAUAAUUGGAACUCGCUGUUUGUUUUAGUUUUAUGCGUAUCGUUAAAGGUAGUUUCUAAUAUCGAUAAAUCUUAUUGCGUAUAAUUAUUCGUAAGUCUGAUUUUGUAGGCCUGCGUAACACAGUACAGUAGCUUACAUACAGAAUUAGAUCUCUUAACUAUCCUCUUUUUAAAAUAAAUAUUCAUGAGUAAUAACA